AAAAUCCAAUUUAAUAUUAUCAAACAUAUGCUAAGAUGGAUUUAUUGACUCUAACAGGUUCUGGGAAAAAGAUUCGAAAGCCAAAGAACUGGAAACAUCCACAGCCAAUAACAAAGUCUCAACUGAUGCAAAUGUGUGAAGAGUUUUGGGACACUGCUUCUCAUUAUGGUGGCAGGAAAGAAGGGAAAUGACAGUUUUUAUUAUUUCUUUUAUUUUUUUAUUCUCUUGUUUUGUGUAAAUGAAGAGAAACAAAGACUGUGCUAACAU